GGCCGCAGGAUCAUCCACGAGGACGGCUAUUCCGAGGAGGAAUGCCGGCAGUACCGGGCCGUGGUUUACAGCAACACCAUCCAGUCCAUCGUGGCCAUCGUGCGCGCCAUGGGCCGCCUGCGCAUCGACUUCGGGCACCCUGCGCGUGCCGACGAUGCCCGGCAGCUGUUUGUCCUGGCGGGAAGCGCCGAGGAGGGGACAAUGACGGCCGAGCUGGCUGGGCUGAUCCAGCGCCUCUGGAGCGAUCCCGGCGUGCAGGCCUGCUUCAGCAGAUCCCGGGAAUACCAGCUCAACGACUCCGCCUCCUAUUACCUCAACGACCUGCAGAGGAUCUCCCAGCAGAGCUACAUCCCCACCCAGCAGGACGUGCUGCGCACCAGGGUCAAAACCACGGGCAUUGUGGAGACCCACUUCACCUUCAAGGACCUGUACUUCAAGAUGUUUGACGUGGGGGGGCAGCGCUCGGAGCGCAAGAAGUGGAUCCACUGCUUCGAGGGCGUCACCGCCAUCAUCUUCUGCGUGGCCCUGAGCGACUACGACCUGGUGCUGGCCGAGGACGAGGAGAUGAACCGGAUGCACGAGAGCAUGAAGCUCUUCGACAGCAUCUGCAACAACAAGUGGUUCACCGACACCUCCAUCAUCCUCUUCCUCAACAAGAAGGACCUGUUUGAGGAGAAGAUCCGCAAGAGCCCCCUCACCAUCUGCUACCCCGAGUACUCAGGCUCCAACACGUACGAGGAGGCGGCCGCCUACAUCCAGUGCCAGUUCGAGGAGCUGAACCGGCGGCGGGACACGAAGGAGAUCUACACGCACUUCACCUGCGCCACCGACACCCGCAACGUGCAGUUCGUGUUCGACGCCGUCACCGACGUCAUCAUCAAGAACAACCUCAAGGAGUGCGGCCUCUACUGAGGGAGUGCCGGGAAUGGCGCCGGGAAUGGCGGAACGGCGACCCCGGA